AUGUCUCAGCCAACCCAGAAACCAGGAAUCGGAAAACACAAAAGUCGUGGACCUGAUUUCAUUUGCAAGCCUCGUUUUCGAAAUACCCUACCAGAUCUUCCAUUUCCUGGCAAAUUUCUACCAUGUCCUUUCGUCGAGUUGGAGCGGUUCAUCGACUAUAAGCCAACUUCAUUGGAAAUGGAAUACAAAUUCGAAGUUCAGUGCGAAAUGGAUAUGGGCUUGAACCUGGAUCUCAUAGAUCCAAAUACAUACAAAAUCGAUCCAAAUAUGGAAAUUCAGUGUCUUUGCGAGAAAUUUCAAAAGUCCUUUAGGUCUGCGCAACAUUCUAAGGUUGUACCUUGGAUGCGGAAAACGCAAUACAUCUCUUCUGAAUUUAAUAGAUUUGGUAUUGCUGCAGAUAGGCAAGAGAUUAAAGUUGGAUACAAUCUGACGAAAAACAAGGAGAACUUGAACAUUUUCCGUGAUCGUCAGAGUCAAAUUAAUCUUAUAAAGAAAUCAUUCGAAGACUCCAAAGUGCCGAUACGUAAACAUUUCUCGAAGAAAGGUGUCACUGCCGUCGAGGAAAUUCCUAUUUUGCCAGAUUUCGAGUUGUGGAAAUUCCCAUUCGCUUUGGUACAAUUCGAUGCAGAUCCGUCACCAGUAGGAUUCGCACCUGAGCUUCGUGAUAGCAUGGUCACCCAGAGUCACAUAAAAGGUAUGCAAGAUGAUGACGGUGAACAAUUCGUCGCUUACUUUGUCCCUACCGUUGAAACUUUGCAGAAGAAGCUUAGUGACAAGGAAGAAGGAAAAACUUUUACUGAAGAAACCAUGUAA